AUGGUCUCGAUGGUUGAUGAUAUGGCCAUGGACUCAAUUGUUCCUAAACAUGAGCCUGGUCCGGAUGGUUCUAUCAGUUCAACGGUGUCAACACCAGAUCCAGAAGCGGAACCUUUGACUCAAGAUGCUGCGCAAACUCAGAAGAGGAAAGGAGGCAGGAAACCUAUAUAUGCCACUUCUGAAGAACGAAAGCAACGCAAUAGGCAGGCCCAGGCGGCUUUCCGAGAACGCAGGACGGAGUAUAUCCGCCAGCUAGAGACCACCAUCAAACGCAAUGAGGAAUCCCUGCAGAGUCUGCAGCAGAGUCAUCGCAGUGCCGCCGAUGAAUGUCUAAUGCUGCGGUAUAAGAACUCCCUGUUGGAGCGCAUUCUCCUUGAAAAAGGCAUCGAUGUCCAGGCCGAACUACGCCUGAAAACGGGGGCGCCGGGCGCUCCUCCCAAGGCAAACCCUAUCCCCCCAAAGGUAGCACCUGGUGCGGGGGCACGCCCAAACCAGCGACACCCCGCAGGCAUCGCCUCGAAGCCCGAGACGUUCGGCAUGUCGCAGCGGGAAGGCGCAUACGGGAUCCCAUCACCGCAGUUCCAAGCAACCCCCACCUCCCACGUUUCCUCACCCUCGCACGCCAAGUCCCCCGGCUUCGGUUUCCAGGGUGCCAUGUCACCUGUCGAGGGGGGACGGCCCCAGCUGCUCCCCCAACCCCGGACUUUCAGUCAGACUUCGCCGCCGGCAAUCAGCAUGCCGCAGACCGAGCCAUCAGACUCCAAGCCCCAGUCUCGUGGAGCUAUGGGUCCUCGCGGUGCGCGGGUCGCGGCUGCUUACUACCCUUCUCCAUUCCAGAAACACUACGAUCAACUCGAACAAGAGUACGAUGCUCAGGCCGAUAUGGUCGACGAUGAACACGACGGCUCAGCAUCAUAUGUCCCUGGAUUCACUCCACAGUCCGUUGCCUCAGGCACCCACAAUAUGUCUGGUUUCCAACCACCAGGCGAGGGCACGCCCGGCGAUUUCAGCAAUGCAAAUCAGCUGCUCGGUCAGUAUGAGCCGAUGCUGGACACGGAUCCGUUCGGGUUAAGCGCUAGCAUGCACUUCCCCACACCGUUCAACUACGAGCACAACUCGAGGCAAUGA